AAAUGAGAUAUUGGAGUUUCUGCUGAGCUCACUUUGAAAAGGGUCUGACUUGAUGGGCAAAAAUGUUUCUGCCAGUCAUCAAGGAACAACAAGGCAGUGCCUACCAGUGAACUUAGUGAUUAAAGCCCUUCUAAAGUUUUGAGGCAGCAAAGACUUGACACCACAGUUUGUAACACAGCUAUAGCACACACACGCAGUUCUGACUGUGGACUAUGUAUCAAAUAGGAAUGUAGGAAUUUUCUGCCAUUUGGGAGUUGCAGUGCUUUUACCAUAUCCAUAAUGAAUUGUUAAAUACAAACCAAGAAGCACAGACUUUGCCUAAAAAAAAACCAAACUGCAGUCAGAAUAACUCAACACAAACUGAGUAACCAUUUUUAAGGUUUCUCUGGUAUUUAUUCCAUAAACGCUUAAUUUUUAAUUAAAAGCUUUUUCAUUGGUGUUUAUUUGCAAUGGAAUAAAGCCUCAGAAUCUCUAAAUGUAAGAAGUGAGGCAGAGUUCUCUGUUUUGGUUGGUGAUAUCAGAUAAUAGAUUUAUACGGAAACUCUUUAGACUGAUGAACUAAACAACAGAACAGCCAUAGUACAAAAUUCAGUAUGGGAUAAUUUAUCAGCCUACAGUUCCAAAACUCAAGUAAUGAUCCAUCUUAAAGGUGUAGAGAAUAUACACACUCAAACCCAUUAAUUGCGAGUGACAUGCAAAUAUUCUCAAGAACAAUCAACUUUUCAAAAAAGGAAACAGAGUGGAAUCCAUAAUACCAUCACAAAGUGAGGCUCUCACAAUGCUUUUUCACAACACCAAAACAAUCUCCAAGUUCAAAGUAAAUGCUCAGAAACUUUUCCUCUGACUUUUUAUUACAAGCUUGUAUUACAAGCUAGUUCACCUUUGCAAGCAGCACAAGCACCUGUGCUCUUCACAGUACAGUAAUUUUAAAAUACUGAUUGUUUAGGAUGUAUGGCCUAUAAAAAUGAAACCUCAAAGCUACAUAUUCCUAUCCCACGUUAAAAAUAAAACCCAUGCUCUUGAACCAGAGCUGUUGAUUGCGCUGGCAGGGAAUAGAACAGCCUCUCCAACGUCCCCAGAGAACCUCAGUGCAGAUGACAAUACCAUAACAAAUGUACAUGCUCCAGCAGUCCGUAUAUUUUAAGUAGCAAAUCUGAAACCCAGAGACUAAACUGAGCUGGAUCCAACAGCUCGCUCCCCUCUGAGCACAGCCUCUCACUUCUUGAAACUGGCUGUAAACAGGGAAAGGGAGGGGCCUGCCGCCUGCCAACCCAAGCAGAAACUUGUGAGUAACUUAUAGAGGAAAAACAAGUGCAGGGCAGGCAGGCACGCACAGUAGCACGCUGCCCGGGAGCUGGUGAGAGGGGAUCACCAUGUUUUCAAAGAGAAACAAGACCAGGCUUUGCAGCCGGCUUCCUUCCUCGGAAAUGCUGCUUAUCAAAUGCAUGGGGAUCCGGCAACACGGAGAAAUGUAAAACGUGAAUUAAAGAAAAGCUGGUAAUCAGCAGAGAAGACACAAAAGCUAAAAUCACUAUGUGGCGCUGUGAAGCCUUAAACAACAGUACCGAGAACAGUGAGGACCAGCAUCUCUGCCAUGACUUUCACCUUGUGCUUUCAGUCUUCUCCCUACUCUACCUCAUCAUAUGUUUCCCAAUUGGCCUUUGUUACAAUGGCUUGCUGGUCCUAGUGAAUCUCUACAACAAAGCUACUAUGACUAUGCCAGAUGUUUACUUUGUCAACAUUGCCAUUGCUGGUCUCAUCAUCAAUGCUCUGGCACCGAUGUACCUUCUAGGUCUUGCCAACACAAAAUGGGCCAUCUGGAAUUCUAACAAUGAAGUUUAUAUUACCUUACUUAUUUUAUUCAACGUCUCUUCUUUAGUUACCAUGUACUCUACUACAUUACUCAGUCUGGACUACUACAUUGAACGUGCGCUACCUAGAACUUACAUGUCAAGUGUGUACAACACCAAACAUGUUUGUGGAUUCAUAUGGGGUGGUGCCAUGCUUACAAGUUUUUCAUCUCUCCUGUUCUACGUCUGCAAUCACGUAUCCACUAAAAUAAUUGAAUGUUCCAAGAUGCAGAACAAAGAAGCAGCAGAUGCCAUUAUGGUCUUUAUUGGGUAUGUGGUACCUGCUAUUGCUGUACUGUAUGCACUUGUACUAAUCUUGCGAAUACGCAAAGAGGCUACACCACUGGAUCAAGACACUGGACGAUUAGAUCCAUCAGUGCACAGGCUUUUGAUUGCCACAGUCUGUACACAGUUCACAUUAUGGACACCCUAUUAUGUUACUCUUUUGGUAAGCACAUUUACUAAUGCACAAGGAAGAAUUGCAGAUGACAAUUACAGUCGAAUAUUGCAUUUUACCAAGAUUUUAGCAAAAUUCUUGGCUUUCUCAAGCAGCUUUGUAAUGCCUCUGCUCUACAGAUACAUUAACAAAAACUUUCCCAACAAAUUACGACGUUUGCUUAAAAAGAUACACUGUGGGAAUCAAGGGUGUUCUCACGAACGCACAGUAGUACAGCAAGUCAUGACGUAGGUGUGAAGAAACCCUCUGGUGCUCUGUUACUGCAGUACUUAGCAUACCAGUAUUGGGACUGUGAUACUGCUGUGUUGGCACUCAGAAUCAUUACUGUGAGAGUCCCAACCAAGAGGCUAGAAGGAGCUUUCCAUUACAAUUAAAUGAAACAGUCUUAGUUUUCAAAUAGUUAAUUGUUUGCUGAAAUCUUGGGAGACUCUGGUCUAUGUGCUGUAAUACCUGUGACAUCUAAUACUUCCAGUGCACUGAUUUGGUUACAAUGCAUAAACUCUGUCUCGUAACUAAUACUCCUGUCUGAAGAAAUCACUAAGCAGUUUAUUGAAGUCUUGACUGAAGACACAGCACCUUGUAUCUUGCAUAGAAAAAGGUAUUACCUUAUUCUCUGUACAAAGAAGUAAUAGUGCUAUCCUUAAUGAAGUAAAUAGCAUUUUUCAAUGAAGAUGAUACAAUGAUCUUUACUAAAGAUCAUAUUAUCCAAUUAUACUUGUCCAAAUAGUAAAUGAUAAUGAUAAAUUAUUUAAUUUCUUUCUCUGUCAUUGAAUCCCCUUUAAAAGAAGCUUAAUAUACCAUUUUCAGAAUUUUUUGCACACAAACUAACCUAAGUUUUAACAUUUAUGGUAAAUGGAUCUUUUUCUAGAUAGAAAAAUUAACAAAAAUGUGGUUUAGUUUUACAGUGCUUUGUUUGCAUCCUAAAACAUUUCAAGAAUUCAGAAAUACUUAUUAACCAAUUCUAAGGGAACUGAGAUACGUUUGUUCCAGAUAUUAAAAUGAAGGACACAGUGGUUUACAAAGUUAAACCAAAAUUUAACUAGUAAAGAUUGUCUGGCUAAGUGUUAUGGUCCACAUAUGUUCAUGUAACAAGAGUAAUUAUCUUAAAAAUAAAUAUGUUUAUGAUUAACAUUUUGUAUUUUCAAGGGAUACAUUUGCAACAAAUAAAUCUCUAAUCUAGGGCAUCAUUGGAGGUUUGGAAACCAUACAAAUCCCCUCAACACACAGAAUUUUUUAAAUGGGAGUAAUAUAAAGGAAUUCCAGUCAGCAUCAGCUUUUUGCUGACCUCUCAGAAAUGGAGUGCCUCCCAGCAUGAUUCUAGAAAACGCAGUAAAAGUAUAGUUUCUGUAUUUCACAGUGGGGAUGAAGAAAUCCAAUCCAUGUUGCCAAAUUUUACUGAGUAUAUGAAAUAUGUAAGAAACAGACAUGCUGCAGGAAGCAAGUUACCCACAACAGUAAGCUACAAAAACUUGACCCAAGAACUACCUGUUCCUAUGCUGCUGUUGUAUUAUUGAUGACAGAGGUGGGUAGAAGUUAAAGUGAUACUCUCCCAGAUAAGUUUUGGGGCAGCAAGACACUUUUGUCCCUCACUCUGCAACACAGCAGAAUCAUUUUGUUGCUUAGUCUGUCACAACACAACUCAGAUUCCACGACUAUUCAAAAAAUGCGGCUUUUCAAGCCUCUGGUACAGAAAAAACAUGGAGCAAAACCAGAACUGAACCUUUUCCAUUGCUUAUAGCACAAUCUCAUCUGGUAAUUGGUCCUAAUUUGUCAGCAUAGAGACAGGCUUAAGUUCUAAGUGGAAAGCAGGUAAGGAACAGCCUUUUGAGUUACUUUUCCUUCUCUUCAAUGUUAUUCAGAUUUCUUCUCAUAGCCAUCUUUGCUUGUCUUCUUCAUAUACAAGCCUCUCAAGUUACCAACAUCCUGGUGGAAGCCUCUCCAUUGAUUGUAACUUUUUAAAAUAGCAUUUCAUAUUUUAUUGAAUUUUUUUAACCUUUAAACCCCAUACAGUAAUUAAUCUAUUUCUAUGGUGUUUUCUCCACACAAAAACUAUCCAGCACAACUACAUCAAUUUACUUCAUAGUUUCAGCCUGUUGAUGAAAACAAUGUUAAGGAAUGAAGCCUGCCUUUUUAUCAUUGUGUCCAGUUCACGCACUAAUUUAUAGUGCCUCUAUGCUGACAUGAUACUGGCUGCUUUGAUUGGUUUUUCCCCCCCUUGAGAGGUUUUCUAUGAAUUUCUACACAUCUUCAGCAUUCAAGCUUACUUCCAUACAGAAGCACUUAAGAAAUCUUUUCUUACAACUGUCAAGCAAAUAGGCUGCUUUUCUUCCCAUCUGAGGAAACUUCGAUUUCCUAAUGCACACCACAUUAAAUCUCUCAUGUAAAAUCUGUUAAAGAAAUUCUGUCUCAUUAUGCAGGAAAAAUUCCAGCAGGCAGGAACUGGCUUAUCUGGUGUGAAUAGAGGCUUCCAGAACUGGGACAGUGCCAGAAUGGUGUGGCUUAGCAGGCAACAUUAAGUGCAGUUCUAACUUCAAUGUUGCUUCCCCUACUUCUAUUUCCCCCUUAUCCUAAGAAGUCUUACUUUCUGUCAUAAGAGGACCAUCACAUUUGUUUCUGUUCCUUUCUCUCCAUGUUAAAUGCCCCAUCUCAGAUCAUGGCUCUUAAUUUUCUUCUUCUUUCUCACUUCUCUGCACUAGUUAAUUUUCAUUUUGCUCUUCAGUUUCCAUCUAUGUUUGGUCUCGUAUACUUGGUACCAUUCACAACUUCCAUUUACUUCAUUAAAGUGACUCCUUCACGAUGACCAAUAUCUUAUUCAAUGAUCUGACAUUACAAAUGGAUUCACGUCAUAAAAUGGAAGCUGCUAUUUAAGAGAUAAAGAAUAAGUUUUUAUAUAAUUUACCCUUGAAGUCUCAAUUAUUUUUUCCUAAUCUUUAUUGCAGCAGAGUUAAGUAUGUUUGUGUGUAUUCUUGAUAAUAUACUAGAUUUGAUAGCAAUAAUAUAGACAAACAACUUCCAUAAUUUAAUGAAAAUUACUGAUACCCACUCAACUGUUUUUAGGAGUUAACUUGAUGUAUCAAUUGCCUCAAAGAAACUGCCAUGGAGCUGCCUGACUGCUAUUCUUUUAAGGAAAUUCUGAACUUAAUUACAGCGCCAUCAUAUGGUAUCUGUUGAAAAGCAGUAUCCCAAACAGCAAGAACUUUGCAAUAUUUAUAUAAACAACAGUUGAUAAGCAAGUGCAGUAAAAUACUUAAGGAAAUACAUGGUAUCAUAAAUAUAGACUAAUUUUAAUGGACAAAUCUUUAAGAUACGAAGUUCUCCAGAAUGGAGCCUUUGCAUUUCACAUACCUGAAGGAUUCUGAUUACUGUAAAUAGAGGCUUAUCUAUUUUUCAUUCAAAUAAAUAUGAAUAAAAUACUGUAUAUAUGCAAGAUAAAAAUCAGCCUACUGAUGUAAAAACAAUUUGCAAAGAAUUUAUUAAAUUAUUUCUUAAAGUGUCAUAUAAAUGUAAACCUCUGCAUAGUAAGGUGUACUGUAUGUUGCUGUAUGUAUAUACUGUAUACUAGAAAGUAAGCACUAGUUAAGUGCCAUUAUUAACAGUGUUAUUUUCUCACAAAAUUAAACUUAAUAUUUGAAUUGUUCUAUGGCUUAGAGCCCUCUUGCUAAACUGCCUAAGUCAAAUCAAUGAACUAACAACAAUGUUGUGCUCUGCUUCUGCUUGAAUCAUUAAUAUAGCUAGCUCAAGACAUGUCCUUGACUAACCUAGUAGAGGUCCUAGUUUCAAAAGUUCCCAUUUGAGAAUCAAACUGAGUUGAUCUCUGAAGACAUAAUUUCCAUUAAUUAAAGAAAGUGAUCAACCCCUGGAAAAUUUCUGGUUCUGUUAAAAUGAAGAGAUGUGGCCUCCAAUAUUAUGUGAAAUGGAAAUAUACAGAAAUGGACUAUCCACAAAGCUUCAGAAAGGAACUAUUGACUCAUAAUACAUUCUCAAUAAAUGGUGUUAAAAGUA